CAUGGCAAUGUAGAACAGGAGAAGCUCAAGUUAGUUAUAGAAUGUUUGGGAUGAAGCUGAAAGUACCUUGAGAUUUUAUACUGUCCUAGAUCUUGCAUCCAUUGCCUAAGAACAAACCGGCUUAAGAGUAUCAACUAGAAUAAAUCUGCAUUUGAAAACUGAACCGGCACAAAGACUUGAUAUUGUGGAAUGGCAAGUGAGCAAGCAAUGCCGUCUAAGGAACAAGAAUGGCUUUUGUGUUACAAUGGGGAAGUCCUUGUUUUUCAGUUGUCCGAAAGAAAUUUUCCAGUUAAAGGGCCUAAACAAUUACCCGUGUUGCAUGUCAAAAAAAUGGUGUUUGACAGAGAAACAAGCACAUUUGUUCAAAAAUCCACUGGAUUCUUUAGUGUAAAGAAAGAAAACUCUACUGUAAAAAUUAUGUGCUGCAACUGUGUGUCGGAUUUCAGAACUGGAAUUAAACUCCCUUGUGUUGUACUACAAAGCUGUGCAAAGAAUAAUGACUUCAACUAUUUUCUACUAUUUAUUCACAGUAUUAAUAAGUUUGAAAACCGUUUGAGUUUUAGACUCAGCUAUGAAUUGGAUGAAUUAAGGGUCCUUAAUGGCCCUUUACUUUUAUGGAGACAUCUUGAAUCAUUCUACUUUAUUUCUCCCCAAACUGGCAGCGUGGUUACUGUGACUAUGAACUUCUCCUCUGUUGAGUGGGCAGGGGAGAUUGAAAAUCUAGGUAUGGUGUUAUUAGGAAAAAAGGAGGGUGGAUGUGUCCAGAAGCUCUCCAAAUCAGAUUUUGAAUUUCGGAAGACCAAUUUUUGUAUCUACUCCCUUGAAAGUCAGGAAGUGUUAAGUGAUUCAUACAUUAUCCCUCCUGCUUAUAGCAGUGUGAUAACUUAUGUGCGUGUCUGCACAGCUGAGUAUGUCAACAACCAGUUAACAAUGUCUCUGAUUACUCUUACUGGAAAGAAUCAGCUUAUUUUGUUUCAAAAUGGGAUGCCUAAAGGUGUGUGCCAACUUCCAUUUGAAGAUCCUUGUGCAGUUCAACUCAUGGACAGAGAUGAAGACCUGUAUUUUGUUGUAUCUUUUCAGUCUUACGAUGCUUGUGCUGUACGGAGUAAGAACUUUCAGGUUGUUGCUGAAUGGAAAACUAUUAGCUCAGUCCUAGUAGAUGACUUCAUUGGAACUGGAACUGAACAAGUACUGUUAGUUUUUAAGGACUCUUUGAAUUCAGAUUGCCUGAGUUCAUUUAAAAUAACAGAUCUUGAGGAUAUAACCUAUCCAAGUGAACCAUUGCAAUGUAAUGAAGAUGAUUUACUUAAGAACAAAAAGAAAUGUUUGUUGAUUCCACCUCUACAAAGAAGAGUGAAAGUUGGAUUGAUCUGUAGUCAGGAAUUACAGAAGCAUAUCUUGCUCAAGGAAAAAAUGAUUUCAAAAUCUUACAAAGCUUUAAUAAACCUGAUUCAAGGAAAAGAUGAUAGUACCUCAGCUGAAGAGGAGGAACAUCUUGUGACAUUUUGUGGUGAAGAAGAACGCCCUGUGUAUACAUACUUCACUGAAAACCAGCCAGACAACUUUCAACUUUCAGAGCAGAUAGUAGAGAAGAUCUGGUAUCGUGUAAUGGACGAUAGUUUGGUUGUUGGAGUGAAAACCACAUUUUUGCAGCUAUCCCUGAAUCAUAUGACAUUGUCACUGUUAAUGACUCAAGACCACAGCUCUAACUUUCAACUUAUUAAAUGUCAAAACAAGGUGAUCAAGUUAAGGACACGUUCUUUGCCAGCUCAACCCUCAGUGCCAAGUGACACAACAACAGAGGCAAAAAGGAUCAAGUUGACUGUUGAUAGUGAGGAAGAGCAAAAUUUUGUUUGCAAACAACCCUCUGAGAAAGAGUGUGUAUAUGCAAUUACUGCUGUGACAUCUCUUCCACCCCUCUUAGUAUUUAAUAAUUUUUGUUGCAUUGUGCUGCUAAAAAUUAAGAAGAGAAAAUGUGGUUACCGUUGUGAAAAUGAUUUUAUUCAGUGUGGCAGGAUUUCUUUUAGUCUAGAAGAUCUUUCAAGUGGGAAAUACCUAGUGACAGUUCUAAAGAAGGAACCUAUAGAACAUGUGGAAGAUCUCUUUGCACUUCUUGCUGCCUUGCACCAAACCUGUUUUCAAAUCACGUCACCCACCUAUGCCCUGAAUUCAAUGAAGACAUGGCUCUUGGAUAACAUGAAAUGUGAAAUGGUCAAAGAAUUUCAAGAAAUUUACUUUUGCAAAAGGUCAGGGAGUUUCUAUGGGACAAUCUUCAACUGGCAACAAAGAACACCAUUUCAAGGGAUUUUAAUAGUCUAUUCAAGGAACCAAACAGUUUUGCUCCAGUGCCUUCAUGACCUGAUCUCAUUUCUCCCUAUAGACUAUUUGAUCGAAAACCUAAAAUUUGCAAGUGAAGGUUGCCCAAUUGAUCAUUUGGCAUCUGCUCUGGACAAGGAAUUGUUUACGUUUCAUUCUGUUACUUCUGCCUUAGGUGAGGUUAGAAGCAACUUGGAGCAGAGGGAUAAAUCAAGCACAGACAAAAGUCGUGAUGUGGCAGCUUUAUUAGGCAGAGAGCAAAACUUCCAUCUAUUCAGAGAAGAGCUUCAGAGAGAAAAGAAGCAAACCUGGGUGACAGACCAAAAAGUGCGUGGUGCCCUUUACAGAGAUAUUGCUUUGAAAUUAGCAGAGGUUCAGCUGGAAUCAGAUCUUGCUGUACAGAGACUGACUGGGUCAUAGUUACAAUCUCAAUCUAGUCAUUUUUCAAAAUAUGUCUUCCCAGCAGGAAUGUUUUGUUUCCACUUAUUUUCAUUUUAAAACAUAUGCCUCCUUUCUAAAAGUUAGGACUGAGACUUUUAUAGUAGAAUCUUCAAUUUCGUUGAUACACAAAAAUAGCGUACUUUAGUAGUUCUCAACUAUGUCCAUUUUGUCACCCACCACUCUCUCCAUGGGCAUCUGGUAUAUCCUCCGGAGACAUUUUGGUCUGAAGUAGUAGGGCCCAGGCGUGAUGACAUAGAAGUGCCAUUCAUAUCUAGUGGACAAUCCAGGACUGCCACAAAACAUUCUGCUCUUCACUGGACACAGCCCCUCUCCACUCAAAGAAUGAUCCAGCCCAAAAUGUCAGCCUCAGACUAACCACUUAAUUCAAGACAGGUAUUGAAAUAUAAUAUUUUAGUCAAUGUGUUUUUUUUUUAAGAAAUGCCUUUAACAGUCCUUUUAACAUAUUCAGUUUAG